CCGAGAGCCCACGCCGGGGGCCCUGACUCUAUGGCCCGGGGGGAGCGCGCCGGAGCCGCCGCGCCGCCCACCCUCAGCCGGAACCCGAGCGUCCCCGGGAGGAAGCGGGGAGCCCCGGGCGCCCCCGGCCCCGGCCCAGGGGCCUGCCAGUGGCCCCCGCUCCCGCCGCGGGGCAUGGGAGGCAGGUAGCCCGCUCGCGCCAGGGCACCCACGGCGGGCGGGACCCGCGAAGGACCGCGAAGUCCCGAAGAGGAAGCAGAGGAGCGGCCUUCCCGCCCCCGGCCGCAGCCCCAGCAGGGCCCUCCCCCGGCGGCGCGCACCGGCGCGCGCACACUCGCGCACCGCACCUCUGCGCCGGCUCGGCCUCGCCCCCACCUGCGAGCGCCGAACCCCCUGGGGCCGGAUGCCAUGGGUAACAACUUCUCCAGUAUCCCCUCGCUGCCCCGAGGAAACCCGAGCCGCGCGCCGCGGGGCCACCCCCAGAACCUCAAAGACUCCAUCGGAGGCCCCUUCCCCGUCACCUCUCACCGAUGCCACCACAAGCAGAAGCACUGCCCACCGGUGCUGCCAGGUGGGGGGCUCCCAGCCACGCCGCUGCUCUUCCACCCACACACCAAGGGCUCCCAGAUUGUUAUGGACCUCAGCCACAAGGCCGUCAAGAGGCAGGCCAGCUUCUGCAACGCCAUCACCUUCAGCAACCGCCCGGUCCUCAUCUACGAGCAAGUCAGGCUGAAGAUCACCAAGAAGCAGUGCUGCUGGAGCGGGGCGCUGCGGCUGGGCUUCACCAGCAAGGACCCGUCCCGCAUCCACCCUGACUCGCUGCCCAAGUACGCCUGCCCCGACCUGGUAUCCCAGAGCGGCUUCUGGGCCAAGGCACUACCCGAGGAGUUUGCCGAUGAGGGCAACAUCAUCGCGUUCUGGGUGGACAAGAAGGGCCGCGUCUUUCACCGCAUCAACGACUCAGCUGUCAUGCUGUUCUUCAGCGGGGUCCGCACGGGCGACCCGCUCUGGGCCUUGGUAGACGUCUACGGCCUCACGCGGGGCGUCCAGCUGCUUGACAGUGAGCUGGUGCUCCCGGACUGCCUGCGGCCGCGCUCCUUCACCGCCCUGCGGCGGCCGUCGUUGCGGCGCGAGGCGGACGACGCGCGCCUCUCGGUGAGCCUGUGCGACCUCAACGUGCCGGUCGCCGACGGCGACGAGGCCGCGCCUGCCGCCGGCUGUCCCAUCCCGCAGAACUCGCUCAACUCGCAGCACAGCCGCGCGCUACCCGCGCAGCUCGACGGCGACCUGCGCUUCCAUGCCCUGCGCGCCGGCGCGCACGUCCGCAUCCUCGACGAGCAGACGGUGGCGCGCGUGGAGCACGGGCGCGACGAGCGCGCGCUCGUCUUCACGAGCCGGCCCGUGCGCGUGGCCGAGACCAUCUUCGUCAAGGUCACGCGCUCGAGCGGCGCGCGGCCCGGCGCGCUGUCGUUUGGCGUCACCACGUGCGACCCCGGCACGCUGAGGCCGGCCGACCUGCCCUUCAGCCCCGAGGCUCUGGUGGACCGCAAGGAGUUCUGGGCCGUGUGCCGCGUGCCCGGGCCCCUGCACAGCGGCGACAUCCUGGGCCUGGUGGUCAACGCCGACGGCGAGCUGCACCUCAGCCACAACGGCUCCGCCGCCGGCAUGCAGCUGUGCGUGGACGCCUCGCAGCCGCUCUGGAUGCUCUUCGGCCUGCACGGGGCCAUCACGCAGAUCCGCAUCCUCGGCUCCACCAUCCUGGCAGAGCGGGGUAUCCCAUCACUCCCCUGCUCCCCCGCCUCCACACCAACCUCGCCCAGUGCCCUGGGCAGCCGCCUCUCUGACCCCUUGCUCAGCACGUGCAGCUCUGGCCCUCUGGGUAGCUCUGCUGGUGGGACAGCCCCCAACUCACCAGUGAGCCUGCCUGAGUCGCCAGUGACCCCAGGUCUGGGCCAGUGGAGCGAUGAGUGCACCAUUUGCUAUGAACACGCGGUGGACACGGUCAUCUACACAUGUGGCCACAUGUGCCUCUGCUAUACCUGUGGCCUGCGCCUCAAGAAGGCUCUGCACGCCUGCUGCCCCAUCUGCCGCCGCCCCAUCAAGGACAUCAUCAAGACCUACCGCAGCUCCUAGCCCAUUGCGGUGGGCCAUCCCGCACACCCACCUCCUCGGGCUUCCGCCCAGCCCCAGCUGAGGAACAAGCCAGUGGGGCCCCUUCUCUUCCUCAUUUUGGAAACUUUUCCUCCUCCAUUAAACAUGGGAAACUGAGGCCCUUGAAAGUUUGGGGAGAGGGGGGGUAUCAGGCAGGGAGGGGCAGAGGCAAAUCACCGAGGGAGAGGGGAGGGGACAAGGCCGCACUCUCCCUGUCUGUCCCGUCUCUGCGUCCAGCUCUCCUCUGCAUGCUGAGGGCUGAAUUGGGAUCUCAGCCUGCCCAAAUCCUUCCCCAUCUGGGGCAGGUUUCUAGGAGGUCGUUGUAGUCCGUGUGGCACCUUUGUGAAAACCAGAAAACAGGGACCUUCCUGUGGGCUGCUGCGGCCCUGAGCCGGGGCAUGUGGCCUAGCUAGUGCAGCGGGGACUGGAUUUUAGGCUCAUUUGCUCCUUCAGCCAACUUGAGUGGUCUGCCACCUGCUCAACCUCCGGAGCUGCUGUCUCCCUCUGACCUCUGCCUACCUUCUCUUUCCUCAUUCCCUGCCCACUGGGCGUGGCAGCUGGGGGUGAGAGGCUGGUGGGUGCCUCCCAUCCUGGGCAGGCUGCAGCCAUGUCUCUCCCGCUAGUCGAUGGGCACAUGGACAGGCUGCAGAGGGCUCCAGGGGCUACCCUGGGCAACAGCAUCCAACAAGACGAUGGGGCAAGGAAGGUUACGGUCAGGCCGGGUCCUCCCUUCUCAGCUAGGAUCCUGGAACCUGGGCUGGGGAACAGCGUUGGCCUUCUGCCAGGGUCUCUAAGGACAGGUUUGCAGCUACCCUCUCUGACCUGUUCUCCACAAUUUGUGCUGUCAGCGCCUGGGCUGACUGUCAGAGCCUGUUGCAUUACCUGGGAUGGGCCAGGGCCCUGGGUAGGGGUAUGUGGUUUCCCUGGGCUAAGACCAGCCUUUUUCCUUAUUUUUAUUUAUUUGGUUUGUGGGUUUGGGUUUUUGUUCAUUUGUAGGUGAGUUCCCAUCCCCUGGACCCCUAGAAAAGCUGCCUUUGUGUGUGGGCUACCUGGGAGAGGGUGCGGCUGAGGGAGUCAUCACUCAGUAUCUUCCUCCGACUCCAGCCACAAAGCUCAUAGCCAGGCCUGCCCACCAAGAAUUGCCACUCCAUAAGGAGGGGCCAAAUUGGGAGACUUUCUGGCAAACAGUGUCCAUUUACAGAGAGGCAGACUGAGCCUCCUUGGUGCCCUGGGGCUGGUGGUCACCCAGAGCCACAGAGCACCCUUCCUCCCGGCUCAGAGCUGGGUUAUCAUGGUUGGCUCAGGCACAUCAGGUGGCCCAGGAGGUUCCCCCCUCCGUAACGACAUCAAACUUCCAGGAGGGCCAGGGUUCCCAGCGUGGGCCAGCAACAGGAGAGGGGGACGUUGUCAUGGCGGGGCAGGGAGCUUGUUCGUAGGGAAGGCUUUCCAUCCCUGGAGAUGAGCAGGCAGGGACUGCCUCUUGCACUUCCAGAUUCUCAUUCUGAGUUCCGGGGAGGGAGCGCCCAUCUGCUCUGAGCUUGGUCCUCUCAGCUCUGCCUGCCCUGGCCUCUCCCAGCCUCCCAGCCCUCUGCCCCCUCAGAUGGCUUUUUUUGUUUUUGUUUUGCAUCCAUCAGAGCCUGCUCCUCUGUGUGGCAGGCAGGGCAUGCCUUUUAGUCGUGGCCACUGACCAGCUGUGUGGCCCUGGCCAAGUCAUAGCUGCCUGGAGCCACAGCUUCCACUUCUAUAAAAUGGUUGUCUGGGGAGAGAGGAGCAGGCUUUCUGUGAGACACGUGGGAGUUCUUCAGGGAGGGCUGCCGUGGGGUGGUAUACCAGGACCUCAGGCUGAGCCUUUGUGCUGGCCUUGCAGUGGGCUUAUGGGGAAGCCACUGUUCCACUAGGGGUCUCUACUCUCCAGUCACUGACAAUGGGAGACCUCUUCUGUGGGAGGAAGCAGGUGGGGGGCUGGCUAGCGGGUCCCCCCAGCCAGGUAUCCCAGAGGCCAAGGGUUUGGGAGAGGAAGCCAUCACCCCAUUACCUCUGUCAGUGCAGGGGUGGCUGCUGCUGCCCUUGUGCACUCGGGUCGCUGUGAUUGUGAAUAAAGAUGAUUUCGUACCAGC